ACACCCUAACUGACAGUCUCUCCUCCCUCCACGCCCCGAAGAUCCCCAAUGCCGCCGCCGCCGCCUCCUCCAGCUUCGGCUUCGUCACUCUCCCCCACGCCUUCAAUCACAUCAUCCCCAUCCGCUCGACAAAUCGCCGCCGUCGUGCUCAACCACCCGUCGUCCACCCUCACCACCGCGUCGGCGCGCUCCCUCUCGGCGUCCCUCCUCGCCGUCGCGCCGGCGCUCCCGACGCCCGUGGCCAACUCCGUCCUCAAGCUCCUCUGGCACCACGCCCCGCGCGCGCUCCUCUUCUUCCACUCGCUCCUCCACCUGCCCGCCCGCGCGCACGCCGUCUCCCCCUGCACCAUCGACCUCGCGCUCGACCUCUCCGCGCGCCUCCGCCACCCGCGCCAGCUCACCAACUCCAUCCUCGCGCUCUUCCCGCGCCUCCGCCUGCCCUUCACCCCGCGCACCUUCCCCAUCCUCUUCGAGCGCUUCGCCGCCUCGCAGCGCAGGCCCGACGUCGCCGUCCGCCUCUUCCUCUCGCUCCACCGCUCCCACCGCGUCACGCAGGACCUCCCCCUCUUCAACUCCCUCCUCGACGCGCUCGCCAAGUCGCGCCACGCCGCCAAGGCCGCCUCCCUCGUCCGCGCCCUCCAGGCCCGCUUCCCGCCGGACGUGGUCACCUACAACACCCUCGCCGACGGCUGGUGCCGCGUCAAGGACACCUCCCGCGCGCUCGACCUGCUGCGGCAGAUGGCCGAGUCCGGCAUCGCCCCCACCAAAACCACCUACAAUAUCAUCCUCAAGGGCUUCUUCCGCGCUGGACAGGUACAGCACGCGUGGAACUUCUUCCUCCAGAUGAAGAAGCGGGGGAGCAAAGACGAGAGCUGUAGUAAGCCUGACAUUGUCUCCUACACAACAGUCAUUCAUGGGCUGGGUCUCGCUGGGCAGCUCGACAAAGCACGCAAACUGUUCGAUGAAAUGUCUCAAGAAGGAUGCUGCACACCAUCAGUGGCCACUUACAACGCGCUUAUUCAAGUCAUAUGUAAGAAGGGAAACGUGGAGGAUGCAUUGACGGUGUUUGACGAUAUGCUCCAGCAGGAUCUCACACCUAAUGUGGUUACUUAUACCGUCUUGAUCCGGGGCCUCUGCCAUGCUGCGAAAAUCGACCAAGCUAUGAAGCUCAUGGAGAGGAUGAAGAGUGAAGGCUGCGAGCCUGUCGUUCAGACAUACAAUGUUCUAAUAAGGUAUUCAUUUGAGGAAGGGGAGAUCGACAAGGCCCUGUGUUUGUUUGAGAGGAUGAGUAAAGGAGAGGACUGCCUGCCCAACCAAGAUACGUACAAUAUCAUAAUAAGCGCAAUGUUUGUGCGCAAGAGGGCCGAGGACAUGGCAAUGGCUGCGAGGAUGGUGAUGGAGAUGGUGGAGAGAGGCUACCUGCCCAGGAGGUUCAUGCUCAACCGUGUCCUGAAUGGGUUGAUGCUGACAGGGAAUCAGCAGAUUUCUAGAGAUCUCUUGAGAAUGCAGGAGAAAUAUAGACGCCUGCGACGAGAAAUUAGAUUGUGAUUGCCAUUUUACUUCUAUAUUGGCAUGAGUCCAUGUUCUGUCUUUUGUGUAUCAUGCCAUGCGGCUUGGGUACACAAGUAAGGUGCAACCUUUGAUUGCCUUGCAAUGACACUCAUGGGGUAUUAUGAUCCAUCUAUUGUGCAAGCGACACUUCAUUGUUCGUAUGUUUUGUGAACCUGUUCAAAAAGCUUGCUCUAUUGUUUGUGCAUAUCUGAUUUGCAGUUUAAUUGCUUUUGUUUGGGGCUUGUGUUUUAGGUCUUAGCUCUGCAUGUUUUGUUUGUACUUGGCGAAGGACAAGCAAGCUAUUCAAUUCACAAUCUAUUAUCUCAAGUAAUGUGGUACAGAGUUACUAGAUUCUAUACUAUUAGGAUGCUGCAAGUGUUUCUCUACAAGUAAGAUAAGGUCUGGUCAUGCUCUAUGCCACUGAUCAGCUAUAGAAUGUAGAUACCAAACACAAUGAUACUCUUGGUCAUCAUGUUAUAAACGGAAGGAGUGACUACACUAAUAGCCAAAUAUUUACAACUAAAACAGGGCUAACAGUGACUUUUUGUUCUGGCAUGUCAAAGUCAAGUAUUGAGUCAUACUGGAAUUUUUGAUUGUAACAAAUUUAUUAUUGUUUUCUGGUAUGCUGUGUGGAAUCCGUAUUGUUGGUUUUUGUUAACCAUGUUAUGCGCUGAGCGUGAACGGACUGAGAAAACACAAAUGUGAAGUUAAACAUUUUUUUUGGUUUCACUUUUGCUUUGCAGGUUUGUGGAUGCUGGAUAUCUAGCAAAGGAUAAUUGUGCUCUGGCGUGACUGUGUGAGCCAACAUACAGCAUCAGUUAUGGAAUAUAGAAGCAAGGUAGAAUCUCUGUUCAAGAUAAACUUUUGGAGUUUACUCCAUAGUUUUUCUUGGCAUCAACUUUUUCUUACAUGUGUGCUCAUUCUAGGUGUUACAAGUGGUAAAUUUCUCUUUGAAAGUAGUGUGAUAGCUGUCUCAUGUAGCUGUGUUUACUACUGUUCUGGCUGUAAGAGCAGACACUAUAGACUUGUGACUUCUUCGGUAUUCCCUCCCCUUCUAGAAAUAUAUGGCGCUUGUGCUUUCUCAGAUUUAUGUUUUACCUGGACUUUAUCCGACAGUAUGUGGAGUAAAUGAUACAAAUUGAUAUCGUUGGACUCGUAUUAAAAACUGUUAAAUGGUAUCCAUUUUGUCUGAGAUAACCCAUAUACUUUGAAAACUUGCUCAGGCUGUUUGGAUUGAGGGAGUAGUGUCUAGACAACUCGGAAGCUUUCUCUGGUAGUCGUAAAAAGUCGCAUAGCCAGAUAAACAUUGAUGCUAUAUGAAUUUAGGAUAGUGUCAACUGUCAAGAUAAUGCACUUCAUCAUUAAUCCUCUCUCCAGCAUAAAAUUUUCCACAUCAGAUUCAGUCCCUGCAAUUUAUGUUUCAGGCAAGUUAUAUUUCAGCAUACAAUUUAUGUUUGUGCUCAUGGUAUACCAAGACUUACAUCUAUGUGUUUCAGGCAAGUUAUGUUGUAUUUUGUGCCCUUGGCUUACAAAAACAUGCAGCGAUGGGCUUACAAAACCUCUUCAAAGAGCUUGCUUUAUUGGUUGUGUAUAUCUGUUUUGCAGUUUAAUUACUUUUGUUUUGGUCUUGUGUUUUAGGUCUUAGCUCGGCAUGUUAUGUUUGUGCUUGGCGAAGGACUGCAAAGGUAUUCAAUUCACAGUCUAUUAUCUCAUGUAAUGUGGUGCAGAGUUACUAUUUUCUAUACAAUUAGGAUGCUGCAAGUCUUUCUCUAGAAGUAAGAUAAGGUCUGGUCAUGCUCUAUGCCACUAUCCAAUGUAGAUUCUAUACUAUUAUGACUUCGUGGAGUGGUGGAUGGCCGCUAUCCAAUCUACCCCUCGCGCUUUGCGGAAGGGAACAUCCUCACGCUUGUUAUGUUAUUUGUGUGGUGGAUUUGGAAACUGCGCAACGCGAUCAUCUUCGACAAUGCGAGGCCUAACUCUAGUAGUCUCCUCGACACGAUUCGAUCCGAAGCUUGAUCUUGGGCCACCGCCGGCACGAUUGGCUUAAAUGCCUUGAUCCCCGCAGUUGCUUAGGUCUAGUGGGUUGAGUUGUUUGGUGCGGUGUUGGCUUGUCGCAAGCUUGUAAAUAAGUAAACUCCUUUUUCUAUCAAUGCAUUGAAAUGCAAGGCUUUUGCGUUUUCGCAAAAAAAUGCUCUAUGCCACUAAUCAGCUAUAAAAUGUAGAUAGCAAACACAAUGAUACUCUUGGUCAUCAGGUUAUAAAUGGAAGGAGUGACUACACUAAUGGUCAAAUAUUUGCAAAUAAAACAGGGCUAACAGUUACUUUUUGUUCUGGCACGUCGAAGUCAAGUAUCGAGUCAUACUUGAAUUUCUGAUUGUAAGAAAAUUAUUAUUGUUUCCUGGUAUGCUGUGUGGAAUCCGUACUGUUAGUUUUUGUUAACCUUGUUAUGGGUUGAGUGUGAAUGGACAGAGAAAACACAAAUGUGAAGUUAAACAUUUGAUAAUUGCGCCCUGGCGUGACUCUGUGAGCCAACAUACAGCAUCAGGUAUGGAAUAUAGAAGCAAGGUAGAUUGGUAGAAUCUCUGUUCAAGAUAAACUUUUGGUCUUUUCUCCAUAGUUUUUCUUGCGUCAACUUUUUCUUACAUGUGUGCUCAUUCUAGGUGUUGCAAGUGGUAAAUUUCUCUUUGAAAGUAGUGUGAUAGCUAGUCUGAUGUAGUUGUGUUUACUACUGUUCUGGCUGUCAGAGUGGACACUGUAGGCUUGUGACUUCUUUCGUAUUUCCUCCAUCUAGAAUAUAAGGCGCUUCUUUCUUAGAUAUAGUUUUACCAGGACUUUGUCCGACAAUAUGUGGAUUAAAUGAUAGAAAAUUGAUAUCGUUUGGUUCGUAUUAAAACAUUAUUAAAUGGUUCCAUUGUGUCUGAGAUAGCCCAUAUACUUCAAAAAUGUGCACGCCUUGUCUUUCUGGAUGGAGGGAGUAGUAUCUACACAAAUCGGAAACUUUCUCUAGUAGUCGUAAAAAUUCACAUUAUGGCCAGAUAAACAUUUAUGCUAUAUGAAUUUAGGAUAGUAUCAACUGUCAAGAUAUUGCACUUCGCCAUUUAUCCUCUCCAGCCUAAAAUUUUCCACAUCAGAUUUAAUCCCUGCAAGUUACACAAUUCAUGAAAAUAAUGCAUUUUGCACAAAUUUUCAAUUUACACAACCUUUUAAUUUUUGGGGGGCAAUUUAUGUUGUUGUUUGUGCUCUUGGUAUACCAAGACUUACAUUUAUGUCUUUCAGGCAAGUUAUGUUGUAUUUUGUGCCCUUGGUUUACCAAAACAUACAGCGAUGAACUUACAAAACCUCUUCAUUUCAUACAAUUAAGGUUCUUUAGUUCUCUAGAGCAUCCUUCAGUUCUUUCCUACUUCCCUUUUUCAAGGUUCAGUAAUGAAAACUAAAGAUGACGGAAUUAAUUGUCAGACCACUUAUUUAGCUCAAUUUCUGCAAGGUUUAGUCUGUGUUAUCAUAUUUAUAGCUAAAUGGUGAUGCAAAGACUUGAACCAUUAGCAACCUGUGAAUGUGUAAAUGAAUUAGUAUGAUCUUCAGAGGGUCCUUAUUAUCUGCCGAUAUUCAAAUCUGAAACUACUUUCUUAUUAGCAGUACUAUUGUUAGCCAGACUCUAAAGAUUACAUGUUACCCACACUUGGUUUAGUUUGUUUCCUAAUAACCCUUAAAGGUUGAUUGUGCUUUGCGGAAAGGGUGAGAUGCUGGAAGAUGCAUGAAUACCAGCUAGGUGAUACAAAAUGUUAUAGUGUGAUAAUGCCCAUUUUCAUUGCUUUUAAUGUUGGUGGUGUGAUAUUGUACUAUUUUAGCCACUGCCAAACUAUGAUAGUCAUGCUCUGUAAUGUACCGAGAAAUAUGAUUGAAAACUAUCACUAAUCCAAUCCAAUGCAUAAUAGUUGUGUUGUCAGCAUUCCUUUGUUCAGUAUUGCUUUGACAGACACAGCGAAGUGCACCUAAUGCUCCCGUGCAGGAUAGCUGCAGAAAGAAUUUUGCAUAGUAUGUAAAAAGGGAAUACAUCACCGCUGGGAAAGCCAUGGGAUCGACACUGAUCUGAUCGUCAGAGAAUGGCUUCCCUCCAUUGCAGCGAUCGCUUGUAUUCAGCAUCGGAGCCGUCAUGAGUGGCAACAUCUGCCGUGCGUGUGUAGUCACCAGGUGCAGCUGUAGCCAUUCAUGGAGCUUGGUUCCUCGCUUGCGUGGAGAUGCCUCAUCUGCAUCUCUGACCAGAAUCAAUUUAACAUUGAAAUGGCUUUUAAGCAUUGUUCAAAAAAUCUGCCAAGUAGCCGAUUACUCGCCUGACUAAUUGUUAAUCGUGAGGUGCCCGUGCCAAAUAAGGCUAUUCGGAUGGUUUAGUCGCUGGUGCCAAUUAAACAGUCUAACAGGUGACUAACCGGGAUGAAACCGAUUAACCGGUCAGCCAAGACGUCAAAGAAAUUCCAUUCUCCGCCUGACCCACCGCCUCCGCACAGUUUCCGUGCCCUCGGUUUUUGUUUCCUGCCAGAAUGCCAGUAUGACACUCUGAAACUGAUGCAGUAGGACUAUCUUAUUCUCAAACGAGAGGGUAACUUCCUUUCCCGAAAACGAAGCACUAAGUGGGUCUGACUUGAAGAGCUAUGGUGCUUUUCCAGUGCUGCGAAAUUCGAUCUGGUGGUGGGGGCGGUGGGAGGAGAAGACAAUGGGAUAUGUCAGAGACAUGAGGUGGAUGGAGGCGGGAAUGGGCAGGAGCGGCGCCAGAGCGUACGGAGGAAAAAGAAGACGGUGGAGGGAUGCAGCAGGUGGCCGGGGUGUACAAGAUGCUGCCGCCGCUGCUGUCAACGUUGCACCAUCACCAGAUGGGGAGCUACCGCCAGUGUGGAUGGGCGCUCUGAGCCUCUGACCAAAGCCGGCACUGGCGGCAAGUGAUCUUCAUUGUCGCGCACAAGUCUGAGUUUAGUUUCAUUCGCUGGCUAACUGAAUGUUUUAUUUCCAUGAUUGCUAAAUGGUUUUGGUGCUCGGUAUUUGCAUUAUCGUCGGUGUUAAUUGAACGUGUGCUAUGCCUCAUCCACUGAGAAAUAAGUUUCGUCAUGCUCCUUUCUAUUUUUAA